UGGGAAGUCUUGCAUAUCAAUAUGGAAGUCCAAUAUCGUCAACUGGCAAUUCUGGACUUUCCCGAACCGGAUCUGCUCGCGACUCUCGUAACAGCCUACUUCACCCAUUUCAAUCCCUGUCUCCCAGUACUGCAUCGAAAAAUAUUCGAAGCUACUCUUGCCACGGGCCGUCACCUUGUCGACCCUCAGUUCGGCUCUACAGUGCUUGGGGUCUGUGCUCUAGGAUCCAAAUACUGUGAUGAUCCCAGAGUGAUUCUUGAGGGCACGGACUCGACUUUGAGUGCCGGUUUCAGAUAUUAUCGGCAAUUGAAGCCUGUAGUUACGUUUCAUACCCGGCUGAUCACCCUGUAUGAAGCCCAAACCCUUUGUUUGUACAUGCUAUAUUUACAAGGGUCAUCCCAGCAAAGGGGCUGCUGGGCUCUUGCAGGAAUGGGAAUGCGGUCCCUUGUGGCCGUUGGCGCGCAUCGGAGAAACAGAUUUAGUGAUAAACGCGAAGAGGAACAGUGGAAGUUUGUAUUCUGUGUGUCUCGCGUUGUCUACAUCGGGCUUCUCGCUCAAGAUCUCAUGUGUACAGGGAUUAUGCUUGCCGUAGACCGAAUAUCUAGCUGGAGUACCGAUAGACCAGUCGCCAUCUCCUCAGAGGACUGCGACGUGGAAUAUCCAUUAUAUUCAUCUGAGCAGGAUUUUGACGAGAUAUCUCCCACAGAGAAUUCGAAUCCUCCGUUCAUGUCUUAUUUCGUAGCUUAUCUCAAGCUUAUCGAUAUUAUUGGACUAGCGAAGUCCAAGAUCAACUCGACACCCAAGAAAGACACGAUGCGUCUUCAAGCUGUAGUUGCUGAUAUCGA